AAUUCAUUAGUUGGAAAUGUUCAUAAUCAAGAUCUAGUUUCUCUCUCUCACUUACAAAAUAUGCAAAAAGAAUCACUAAAGAUUAGAGGGGUCCAACUCUUUUCUUAUCUUUUUGUUUUGUGUUAGCCACAUUGUUGACUCUUUACAGAGAAAAAGCUGCAGUCUUUGAAGAAUAGAGGAACAAAAUAGAAGCUUUCUUAGAUCUCUGGGUAAUUUGUGGAAUACAAAGAUGGGAAAGAAAGGAAGCUGGUUUUCUUCAGUAAAGAAGGCUCUGAGCCCAAAUUCUAAGGAAAAGGCUGACAAGAAAGCAAGUAAAUCAAAGAAGAAAUGGUUUGGGAAAGAAAAGGAUCCAGUACCGGAUUCUUCGACUUUGGUGGUUGCCUCAGUAUCUCCUCCUCGACCUGUUCCGCCAGUGGAAGAGGUCAAAUUGGAUGAAGUGGAAGAAGAGCAGACUAAACAUGUUUAUUCUGUUGCAGUUGCCACAGCUGCAGCAGCCGAAGCGGCUGUUGCAGCUGCCCAGGCUGCUGCAGAGGUUGUUCGGUUAACUACUGUCAAUCAAUUUGCAGGCAAAUCCAAGGAGGAAAUAGCCGCAAUCAGGAUUCAGACUGCAUUUCGAGGAUAUCUGGCCAGAAGGGCAUUGAAAGCUUUAAGAGGACUUGUCAGACUCAAAACACUAGUUGAUGGACCUACUGUCAAACGGCAAACUGCAAAUACACUGAAAUGUAUGCAGACUUUAUCUCGUGCGCAGUCUCAGAUUAGUUCUAGAAGGAGCAGGUUAUUGGAGGAGAACAGAACUCUCCAGAGACAGCUCAUGCAGAAACAUGCAAAAGAACUUGAGAGUUUGAGGAGAGGGGAGGAAUGGGAUGAUACUCUACAAUCAAAGGAGCAAAUAGAAGCAAGUUUGCUCAGCAGAUACGAAGCUGCAACGAGACGAGAAAGAGCACUAGCCUAUUCAUAUUCCCACCAGCAAACCUGGAAGAAGUCAUCGAAAUCUACCAACUUGUUAUUUAUGGAUCCAACCAAUCCUCAAUGGGGUUGGAGCUGGUUAGAGCGGUGGAUGGGUUCUAGGCCUAAGGAAACCCAAAGCAUGUCAGAGAAAGAACUAAAAAGUGAUCAAUUGUCCAUUGCUGGAGAAAUUACCAAGGCAUUUGCGCGGCAUCAACUGAAUUCUGAACUCCCAUCUUCUCCUUCGGGCCAAAAGCCAAACCGUCCUCCAAGCCGCCAGUCCCCUACUACCCCUUCCAAGCGAGGAACUGCUAGAAAAAUCAAACCAGCAAGUGCAAGAGUCAGUGCAAUAAACCAAGAUGAUGACACACGAAGCGUGUUUAGUGUUCAAUCAGAAAUGAACAGGAGGCACAGCAUUGCAGGAUCAUCUGUAAGAGAUGAUGAGAGCUUGGCAAGCUGCUCGUCGGUACCAAGUUAUAUGGCGUCCACUCAGUCAGCAAAAGCAAGAACGUCACGGUUGCAGAGUCCAUUAGGCAUGGAAAACGGUACACCACCAGAAAAGGGAUCAGCAGGUUCUGUGAAGAAGCGACUCUCUUACCCGCCUUCACCAGCCAUUACAAGGCGGCAUUCAGGCCCACCAAAGAUCGAGAGUACCUCCACAAACACCUCAAUUGCUGAAGGAUUUGUGAAUGGAAUUGUCAACUAGCUCAUCUUUUCACAAGUAAUAAACGCAGAGGAGAUAUGAAGAUUUGGAACAAAGGCAUUCGUUGAUCGAAUCAUGCAACUUCAACUUCUCCAUAAAUCAACAUGAGUUCGUUACUGUAUGUGCAUGCCUGCGUGGUGAUUGCCUUUUUAAAUUUUCAAAAAAAAAAAAAAAAUGAUACUUGCUUUUAAAAUAUUCUUCUCCCACGAGUGUUGAUUUCAGAUUGUGAUAGUUGUGAAUUUAUUUUAGAGAAAGCAUUUUCUUGUUUGUGAUUAUAUAUGAUUCCAUCUUUAUUGUAUACAAAAUGGUGAAAAAAGAGAGACUAUUUCUUUAUUUA